CGCCAUCUCGCCUCGCCGUGCAUCUGCUCCCCUGCUUGGCUUUGCCACGGACGGUGAACAACAAUUUCCGGGUCUGGCAGCUCGACUGUGCCGCGCCACGCACGUUGCUCAAAACAGGCCAUUUGGGUAGGAGCCGUGAUAACAAAGCGCAACUGCCGGCAGCAGCUUUUCAAUAGUUACCAUGAUGGCGGGAGAAAUUCGUCCCAAUUCGUGAAAUUGGCCGGUUCCCAGAUGCUGGGGGUAGCAGAAGGAAUUCCGAGAACCCCGGAUGCCACGAGGGAGCGGGUCCUUAUUAUGCACCUCGCUUCCUUCUCCCGAACUUCCCAUCGAUCGACACUCCUCUCGCCGUGAUCGACCGACACACCACCAUGAAGGCCGCCGCAAUCUUCGGGACUGCCCUCCUGGCCGCCGCGGCCCACGCCGGUGUGGUGCUGCCCCGGCAGGACACCACCACCGACUACAAUGACGGCCUCACCCCGUCCGAGGACCUGAACGAGCUCAUCGAGCAGGCCAAGGCUCAGGUCAUUCAGAAUGUCACUGAGACGGAGCAGCAGCUUCGCAAACGCGGCCAGACCCCCCGCUGCACCGUCAAGAACCUCGUCUUUCGCCGGGAGUACGGCUCGCUGUCCAAGAGUGAGCGGCUCGCCUACGUCAAUGCUGUCAAGUGUCUGCAGAGCAAGCCUCCGCGAACCCCUGCCAGCGUCGCCCCCGGUGCCAAGUCCCGGUUCGACGACUUUGUCGUGACGCACAUCCAGCAGACGCUCUCGAUCCACUACUCGGGCAUCUUCCAGCCAUGGCACCGCUGGUUCGUCUACCAGUACGAGAAGGCCCUGCGUGACGAGUGCGGCUACACGGGCUACCAGCCGUACUGGGACUGGCCCAAGUACGCCCGCGCGCCCCAGGACUCGCCCCUUUUCAACGGCGACCCGUAUAGCCUGGGCGGCAACGGCGAGUACAUCCCGCAUGAGGGUCCCAUCAUCGUCCCUCCCCCCGGCGUCGGCGGCGACAACAUCUCGCUCCCCGCCGGCGAAGGCGGCGGCUUCGUCAAGACCGGUCCCUUCGCCAACAUGGUUGUCAACCUCGGUCCCGUCGGCGGGCUGGCCGACACUGCUCCCGGCCCGAUGGGCGGUCUGGGCCACAACCCGCGCGGUCUCAAACGCGACCUGGGCGGCGCCAUGAACAUGCGCUACGCCAAUUACACCACCGUCCUGCGCAUGCUGCUCCAGCCCAACGUCGACCAGUACCGCAUCGUCUCGGAGGGCGUCCCAUACACGCCCGAGAUCGGCCCCCACGGCGGCAUCCACUACACCAUUGGCGGUGACCCGGGCGGUGAUCUCUUCACCUCGCCCGGCGACCCGGCGUUCUGGGUCCACCACUCCCAGAUGGACCGCAUUUGGGCCAUGUGGCAAGCUCUCGGCUUGGAUGGCAAGCGCUACACCGAUCUCGGCUCCGGUUCGUAUGCCCACCGCACCUGGGAGAACAACCCCCCGUCGCCCCUGGCCGAGCUCACCGACGUGAUUGACAUGGGCUACGCUGCCCCCUCGACCACUAUCGGCGAGGUCAUGUCGACCACGGGAGGGGAGUUUUGCUAUUUUUACCUCUAAACGGAUAGGGCGUUGAUGUAUAUACUUCUCAGUACGUGUUAGCUAGGUGGUUGCAUUAUAGUCGAGCUUAAUCGACGCACAACUACAAUGUUUCCU